UUGUGCCGCCAACGCGUUACCUGCCGGCGCCGGGAGGAAUGAUGGAUGGUCGCGGCUUCCGCGUCCACGGUUCACGCCGAACGGUUGGAAGCUGCGCCGCUUCAACUGACCACUUUUCUUUCAACCUACGCGCUUCCUUCUUCCUUUACUGAAUUCUUCCUUUCUUGACUGUCAUACCUUGUCCUUCGUUGUUAGACGCGCUGAGAUCUUUGUCGCGCGCUGCUGCUUGCCUUGCCCGUCCAGCGCGGGCGGUGCGGCGGCUGGGGAUGAGGCUGCCUCGCGGCCCCCUCAGCAAUCUGUCCGGUGGCGACUCGUCUCACAAGGAGCUUCUCGACGAAGAACACCACAGCGUCGGACCAAACGCUGUGUCCUGCGCCAAUCUCCAGCUUCAACGCCCCUCAACCCUGGCGGGCUGGUUGGGCGGCCCGACGGGUGCGACUCAACCACGGCCUCUUUCGGCGCAACGCAAUCCACCGCAAAUCCAACGAGCAGGCCUCCAAACAAGACCGCAAAGUGUGUUUGCGCGGACAAGUGCUGUUUCGCGAUCUCGACUCUUGCAGCUCCGGUUGGUUGGUGGAGUCCGACGAGAGCAAAUUACAGCGUUAAUCUACGAUGGGCGUGGCAGACCAGCAUCGCAGCCAAUGUCCGCAGUCUGCGAAACGAGAAGCUCACCCAGGCGAAGCGACGAUCAGGUACGCGAGAUUAUUUUUGACUUUUCUUUAUUUGCGGCGCGACUAGGUAAGGAUUUUAGACAGUUAAACAAGAUACACAUUGACUAAUUGGAAAAAAAUAGGAUGGUACAGAAGGCCCCUAUCCACAUCAUUUGUACGAUAAGAGAUACCCGGACGAGGCAAUGGGGUAUCUUGUGAAGAGCAACAGAUACAGAAGAGGCGGGUGCAGUACGUGACGAAGAGGGGGAAACAUGUACAGAAGGCGUAUCAGAGACGCUUAGGCGGGCCAAUCCUUGCUGCCGUAGAUGGUGACUUCCAUGUGCUCGCUGUCCGCACCCAUACCGCAGCCAC